AGCUCAGGUGCCAAUCUUUAAAAAAACAGUAAGAAAAAAAUUGGUUUUCUAUAAAAAAACACCCCAACUCAACCAACCACCUCACAACUUUCAUGGAAAGACGUUCCAGAAUAAGUAAAAACUUGAACCUGAAAAAAAGCAUUUGCAACUACAAAGAAGGUGGUGAGUUCUAGCCACAGCCACGUACAGAGAUGGUAAAAUCCUCCCCACAGAAAAACAAGGCUAAAGCUGAGCAAAAUUACAAAAUUCACAGCUUCAGAGCUGUGGAAAUCGACUAAAGCAGACAAGCCACCGAGAAAUGAUUAUUCUUUAAAAACUGCCCAGUUUGGGGACAGAACAUGGGGAGGGUCUGCAGCCUUCACACUGGGGGCUGCUCCCUGCCCAGCCCUGGACCAGCAAACAGGAGUGUCAACAGCUCAGGGCUGCAAACAGAGCAGCAGAGGGUGGAAGUGGUGCAGGGGCCUUGGAGCCAAAAGGGUGAGCCUUGUAAAAACUAACGGAGAAAAGUGACAGCACUGAUGGCUUGGGGCACUGGCCCAGGUGGAGCGGGCAUCGGGCCAGCCAAGUACUUAACAGGGAGACCCUGAAAAUGAAAUUUUUGUAAUUUAGGUCCAGAAAAUGUACUAAAAUAAACCAAAACACUCAGGAAAGCAGUUCAGAAUCCAGAGUUACUAUACAGAGAUGCUAUAUAUAGCAUCUGAAAUAUCCAGUUUCAGUAAAACUUUACAAUUAAUGCAAACAGGAAAGUGUGACCCAUAUUUAGGAAAAAAAGUAGUAGACAGAAUCUGACUGAGUGGGCCCAGAUGUUGAAUCUAGCAAAGACUUCAAAGCAGAUAAUGUAAGUAAGUUCAAAGAAUUAAAUGAAUAUAAUGACAAUGAUUCAAGAAAUAGAGAAUCUCAGAAGAGAAGUGAAAAUUAUAUAAAAGGAAUCAAAUGGAAAUUCCAGAGUUAAAAAGUCAAUGACUGAAAUGAAAACGUCCUAGGUGGGACGCUUCCGGCCUCCAGGCUGGCUUGUCAGAAGCUGGGAAGUCACCCUGUCCUGAUAACACGUGCAAAGCUGAACACACUGAAAAAUCAACCACCUUCUUAGAUCUGUAAGAGAAGUGAAGUCACAGGGCCAAGUGCUGUCCCAAAUUUGGAGACCAGCAGGCAAAUACAGAGUCACAGCGACCGGAGCACGAACCACCCCAGGACCCAGCGCCAGAAAGGAACCCCGAGCAUGGCUGACGGUCACUGGGGGCCAAUGGGCAAGUCUGAGAGGCGAAGCCCACUGGGGUGAGUUGCGGCCCACACUUCUGUGAGCGCUGCGGCAGGAGCUCCAGCGGGCGCUCAUGGUGCGUGCUGGAGAACGGCCCCUCAUGCUCUGGCAGAGGAGGGAAGGAACCGUUCCGGAACACGCCGUCCACACUGCUCUCCUUCACAAGGCCUAGCCUCAGGGGAGAGCAGCUAACCAGGGCCUAACCUGACGGGGUUUUAUUGGAGCCUAACUGAACUGGGGCUUAGGGGAACGCCCGGACCCAACGCACUCUAGCCGUCCCGCUCUGCCUGAGGGGUGUGUGUGUGCAUGAGUGAGAAGCACAUAGGACAUUCACGGUUGUGGGCAGGGGUUCACCACAGACUGAGGUCCGACCAGAGGACUGUGACCCCCAUCACUAACGGCCCAUUUACAGCAGCUCCUGUCACCCAGGAUGUCACGCUCAGCUAUCAAGAAAAAAUACAAGACAUAGUAAAAGGCCAAAACCACAGGAAACCAAAAAUGCAUAAUGGAGCCCAGAGGAGGGGGUGAAAGGAGCAGAAGAAUAUCUGCAGAAUUGAAGAAUAAUGGCUGAAAAGUUUUCAAAUUUGAUGAAAGAUAUGAAUCUACAAGUUGAAGAAGUUCAAUUAACUGGAAGGAGUACAAACAGAGAUCCACAAUGAGAGACACAGAGAGCCUGCAGAGUAGCAGAAGAGAAGUGACUCUCCGCGUACCAGGAGCCUCAGUAAGGAUGAGCGUCGACUUCCCACCAGGAACUAGGGAGGCCAGAGGGCAGUGGGACGGCACACUUAGAAUCCUGAAAGAAAAACACCGUCAGCCAAGAAUUCCCCAUCUGGCAAAACCGUCCUUCAACAGUGAAGGAGGAAUGGACCUUCCCGUGCCACCAAAGCCGAGGCUUUGACAAACCUUUAGCUAGGCUGACCAAGAAAAAAAAAGAGAACACUCAAAUAAGUAAAAUCAGGAAAGAAAGUGGGGACAUUACUACUGACCCUACAGAAAUAAACAGGAUGGUAAGAGAAUAGUAUGAACAAUUAUAUACCCUAGAUGAAAAGGACAAAUUCCUAAAAACACAAGCUACCAAAGCUAACUCAAGGAGAAACAGAAAAUCUGAAUAGACCUAUAACAAAUAAAGAAAUUGAGUCAUUAAUCAAAAAACUUCCAACAAUAACAAAUUUCAGGACCAGAUGGCUUCACGGGUGAAUUCUAUCAAAGACUUGAAGAAGAAUUAACACGAGUCCUUCUCAAACUCUUCCCCCAAAUGGAGAAUACUUCCUAACUCAUUCGAUGAGGCCAGUAUUACCGAGACCAAGGCAGACUACGAUUUCACAAGAAAAGGAAACAAUAGAUAAAGAGCCCUUUAUUGGGAUAGGAUAGAGGCAAACACCCUCAACAAAAAACUAGCAAACUGAACCCAGCAGCAUAUUAAAAGGACUUUACACCAAGACUAAGUAUGAUUAUUCCAGGAACACAAAGGUGGCUCAAUAUAUGAAAAAUCAUUCAAUGUAAUACAGCAUAUUAACAGAAUGAAGGAAAAAAACACAUGAUCAUGUCAACUGAUACACAGAAGGCAUCUGAAAAACAAUCCAACACUCCUUCAUGAUAAAAACACUCCACAAAUCAGCAACAGAAGAAACUGCCUCAACCUGAUGACGGGAGCCCACAGCCACCACACACUUGGCAGUGGGAGGCUGGCAGCUCUCCCUUCGAGGGCAGGCGCAAGACGAGGAUGUCCCCUCUUGCCACUUUUACUCAACACUGUACGGGAAGUUCUAGCAAGCCAACUAAGCAAGAAAAAGAAGUAAAAGCCAUCCAAAUUGGAAAGGAAGAAGAAUUAUCCCCAUUUGCCAACGACAUGAUUGUAUACAUAGAAAACCCUAAAUAAUCCACAAAAAAUUCUAUUAGAGUUAACAAAUGAAUUCUGCAAUGUUAUACAAAAAUCAGUUGCAUUUUAAUACAUUAGCAAUGCACAAUUUAAAAACGCAAUUAAUAAUUUCAUUUAUAAUAGCAUCAAAGUGAAUAAAAUACUCAGAAAUAAAUUUAACCAAGGCUUGUGAACCACAAAAUACCAUUGAAAGAAAUUAAAGAAGACCUAAAUCAAUGGAAAGACACUCUCUGCUCAUGGAUCACUGCUGGGAUGGCAAUACUCCCCACACUGGUCUACAGAUUCAAUGCAACCCCUAUCGAAAUCCCAAUUGUCUUUUAUGCCGAAAGGAACAAGCAGAUUUUAAAACUCAUAUGGAAUUCCGAAGGAUCCUGAAUACCCAAAAGAAUCUGAAAAGAGCAAAUGCUGGAGCACUACCACGUCCUGACUUCAAAACUUAAUAUAAAGCUACAGUAAUCAAAACGGUGUGGCACUGGCACAAGAACAGACACAUAGAUCAACAAAAUAGAAGACAGCGCUCAGAAAUAAACCCUCACAUAUAUAACCAAUAGAUUUUUGAUAAGGGUGCCAUGACCAUUCAAGGGGGAAGGGAUGUUCUUUUCAACACACGGUGCUGGGGCACUGGACGUCCACAUGCAAGAGAAUGAGGCUGGACCCUUACCUCACACUUUUAGAGCACGUGAUUUACAAGGAAAUAAAAUGAGAUUACUACUAAACUUUUCAAAAAUAUUUUAUGUCUGAAGAAAAUGGAGGAACAUAUUUAAAAUAUUCAAGGAAAGUAACGUGAGCAAAGAAUUUUAUAUCCAACAAAAUUGACCUUCAACUAUAAAAGACAAACAAAAACUUAUCAAGAUUCCAGAUCUCCGGGAACAGUACAGGCACACCUCGGAGAUGUUGCGGGCUCCAUUCCAGACCACCGCAAUAAAGCGGAUAUCGCAAAAAGCGAGUGACACGAAGUCUUUGCUUUCCUAGUGCAUAUAAAAGUUAUGUCUACACUAUACUGUAGUCUAUGAAGUGUGCAAUAGCAUUAUGUCUAAAAAUACAAUGUACAUUCCUUAAUUAAAAAAUACAUUGUUACGGACAGCCAUUGCAGUACAUUGAGCUCCAGAGACAGCACCGGGACAAGUGAGAGCCAGACGGGCACUGGGCGACUCUGUGCCUCGCUGAGGAAAAAUAAUUAAACAUGGGCAAAGGAGAUCCUAAGAAGCCAAGAGGCAAAAUGUCACCAUAUGCAUUCUUUGUGCAAACUUGCUGGGAGGAGCACAAGAAGAAGCACCCAGAUGCUUCAGUCAACUUCUCAGAGUUUUCUAAGAAGUGCUCAGAGAGGUGGAAGACCAUGUCUGCUAAAGAGGAGGGAAAAUUUGAAGACAUGGCAAAGGCGGACAAGGCCCGUUAUGAAAGAGAAAUGAAAACUUAUACCCCUCCUAAAGGGGAAACAAAAAAGAAGUUCAAGGAUCCCAAUGCACCUAAGAGGCCUCCUUCGGCCUUUUUCUUGUUUUGCUCUGAGUAUCGCCCAAAAAUCAAAGCAGAGCAUCCUGGCCUAUCCAUUGGUGAUGUUGCAAAGAAACUGGAAGAGACGUGGACUAACACUGCUGCAGAUGACAAGCAGCCUUAUGAAAAGAAGGCUGCUAAGCUGAAGGAGAAAUACGAAAAGGAUAUUGCUGCAUACCGAGCUAAAGGAAAACCUGAUGCAGCGAAAAAGGGAGUCGUCAAGGCUGAAAAAAGCAAGAAAAAGAAGGAAGAGGAGGAAGACGAGGAAGAUGAAGAGGAGGAGGAGGAGGAGGAAGAUGAUGAAGAUGAAGAAGAAGAUGAUGAUGAAUAAGCUGGUUCUAGCAUAGGUUUUUUUCCCUUGUCUAUAAAGCAUUUAACCCCCCUGUACACAACUCACUCCUUUUAAAGAAAAAAAUUGAAAUGUAAGGCUGUGUAGGAUUUGUUUUUAA